AUGAAUAUUGAAUUAAACACUGAAAAACAAAAAAUAAAUAUGUUACAAACUGUUAAUACUACUAAUGAAAAUACUACUCAUAUUACAACUACAACUAUAAAUACUAUGACAACUAUAUCUACAAAUAUAAAUUCAAAAUCAAUUGAAAAUAGUUUAUAUGAAAGACGUAGAAAUUGGCGUGUACAUCAAAUGAAAUCAUGUAUGGAACCUCCAAUAAAUUAUUCAAUAACAUCAAUAUAUCAUAAAGAUAAUGAUGGAAUAAGAUUAAAUACUACUACAAAAAAAUCAGAUAUAUUACAUCAUAAAGAAAAUUGGUGGGGGAAAACUAUUAGUCAUGAACCCAGUGUAUUAAUAACUCCUUUUGCUCAAAUUUUAACUAUUCUUAAUCGUGCAAGAGAUUUCUUAUCUAAUUAUACUUCAAACUCUCCCUCUUAUUCUCCACAUGAUCCUAAUAUGUUUAACACGAAGUCAGUUGGUUGUGAUGAAAAAUAUGUUAAUUGUCUACAUCAAUUUGAUGUACAUUAUGUGAAUCAAUUAUUAAAUGAAUUUGAUUGGUGUUUGGAAGUAUUGGAUAGUUUACAAUGUAAACGUUCUGUAAGCAGUUUAACACGGAUGAAAUUACGUAGUCUUCUUAGUCAAGAGUUGGCCGCUUCAUUUAAUGAAUCAAAUGAUAAAACUGUUAAGAAAGAUUCAAUCAAAAAAUCAACCACAACAUCUUACAAUGUUCGUUUUGAUGAUUCAGCUUUUAAAAGCUCCUCUCUACUAUUACAUGAUCAAGAUAGUAAUAAUAAUAAUAAUAAUAAGUCAAAUAUAAGUCAAAUGCAAAAGCGUAAACAACAAUUUAGAAGUUGUAGAUCACAAGUUUGUGAAUACAUUUGUAAAACAUUUCUUGAAGAAGACGAUGAUGAUGAUGAUGAUGAUGUUGACAAUAAUCAUGAAGAUAACGAUGAUGAUGAUGAUAAUAAUAAUGAUGAGAACAACUCCAAAAAUACAUCAUCAUAUAAUCUAUCAACAGAAAAAACUAUUCAUUUGAAUAGUCCAAAAUCAAAACUUCGAUUCAAUGAUAAAUAUGAAAAAACAAUGGAUGAAUCUAAUGAAACAAAUGAAUCUACAACUGAUCAAAUUUCUGAACUAAGAUCUAUCUCAUCUACACAAUUCAAUGAUACAGAUGUAAUAUCUACUACAUUAAAGUUAAUGACACUAAAUAUUGAAUAUUUUGAUAAUUCAAUAGUGGAAAAUUUUAUCAUAAAUAAUCAGUCAAAUUUAGCUCCAGAUCUAUUUCAAUUAGAUCAAAUUUCUAAUCAUCAUCCUUUAAGUACACUUGGCUUUUAUUUAUUUAUGAAAACUAAUAUAUUACAAAAAUUGUCUAUACCUUCGGUGACAAUGUUGAACUGUUUAAGACAAAUUGAAUCACGAUACAAUUCAACUGCACCGUUUCAUAAUUCAAUUCAUGCUUUAGAUGUAUUGCAUGCAACUUAUCAACUAUUUCAAUGUAAUAGUUUAAAAAAUAUCUUCAGUGAUCUUGAAACGUUUGCAAUUUUCUUUGCUAGUGCUAUACAUGAUAUCGACCAUCCUGGUUUAACAAAUCAAUACCUUAUAAAUACAAAUCAUGAAUUAGCUCUAUUGUACAAUGAUAUUUCAGUCUUGGAAAAUCAUCAUUUACAUGUAGCAUUUAAAUUGAUUAAUACAGAGAAAGAAUGUGAUUUUACACAAUAUUUUACUAAUCAACAAAAAUUAUUAUUUCGUAAAAUGGUAAUCGCUUUAGUAUUAUCCACUGAUAUGAGUAAACAUAUGUCAUUAUUGGCUGAUUUAAAAACAACUGUUGAGAAACAAAAAGCAUUUCAAGGCAAUGUAAUCAAUUUGGAUAGUUAUUCAGCUCGUAUGCAGAUAUUAGAAUGUAUAAUACAUGCAGCUGAUUUAAGUAAUCCAACAAAACCAUUAAAAAUAUAUCAAGAAUGGGUUUCAAGAAUUAUGGAAGAAAUGUUUCGUCAAGGUGAUCAAGAGAAACAAUUUGGAAUUGAAAUUAGUCCAAUGUGUGAUAGAGAAACUGCAUGCAUUUAUAGUACACAAAUUGGUUUCAUUGAUUACAUAGUUUAUCCAUUAUGGGAGACAAUGGCUGAACUUCUACAUCCAGGUGUACAAGUUCUAAUGGAUAAUAUAGCAAACAAUAGAAAUUGGUAUGUGAAUGCAAAAGAGAAAGAAGAAAAAGAAGUAAAUAAAAGAAACAACAGUAUUGAUCAGUAA